UUUCUUUGUCCCCCAGGAUAUUUAGGCAUGCUGCAUCCGUCAUGGCUUCACUAUCAUAUCUUCCGCAGGCUCAACGUAUUCGAUACAUAUUGCGCAGGCCUAUCUACAGUCCCGCAACACCACAACCACAGCUACUGUUGCAACCCAUCCCGAACAGUGCAACAUGGCCGACCACCACAAUUCAAAUGGCGCGAAUAGUUCUGACGCCGCACCAGUAGAAAGAUUAAAGCCCAAAUUCAGCCUCUCCCAAGUUCUACGGGACCAUCCAGAGCUCACCAUGGACAACGAUCCCGAGGAAUACUUCAGAUCCGUCCCAGCCAAGAUUCAAGCUUCAAUCAGAAAGGAUGAUUCGUCUGAGGCAACAGGAUCCGAUGUCGACGAGAAACAGGCGCUGGAAGUGUUGCUCAAAGUACUCCAGACACGAGGGAUCGAUCUCAAUCUGAGCGAACUUAGGAAACGGUUAAGCCUUGAUGCAACAGAGAUCCCCUCGCCUGACCCCCCUGCUGACCUAGAAGCUGGAACGAAUGAAGAUAUCGACAGCAACACCGACACCAAUGGGACCCCAGACCGACGAGAUGAAACGAAUCUUGCAGCAAUACCAAAAAUGACCUACAACGAUCUUCUCGCGAAGAUCGACUCGAAGCUGGACAAGGUGGACGCAGACCUCCGAUUGAACAUCAUUCUUCCCCCUAGCUCCUAUAACCCCUUCUUGACAUCUCUUGGUUCCAUUCUGCUCCAGCCACGAGCCUCUGCCACAAAAGAACCCCCAGUAUACUUCAAGGUCCACAAAGUUCUCCUCACUGUGCAUUCGCACCGGCUCUACGCUCACCUCCAGGUAAACAAGCAUAAGCAUGAGCGGAUAUUUCUCGUAGACACCGAUAAGCAAACCCUCAGCCGCGUGAUCGAUUGGCUCUACUAUCCAACCGACUACGACUUGCGCUCCCUCCCUACCGACACGCUCCUCAAGAUCAUCGCUGUAGCAGCUAUGCUCCGCAUAGCAAAGCUGCAUAACAGCAUCGCAGAACUUCUACUGGAGCGACAUACGCGGCGUGCGCAUUUGUUUUCGUAUCCGCCUGCGUUUGCGCCGUCGAAGCGAGCGUUGAGAGAAGUAUACGAGCGCAGCAAGGAUGGCGACGGUAUUCGCAAGCUAUGCGGGUAUCUCUUUACCAGAACGGGACGGUUGCACUACGAGGCCGAGGAGGACUGGGAGCUUGCGGUGUCCCGGGACGUGGAGCGUUGGGUGGAGGAGAAGGGUAGAUUGGGCGAUGAUUGGAAAAAGGUUCCCGCGAGUGAGUUCUUCUUGGCCAGUAGUAGAGGGAGUACGAAGGGCAGGGAGGUGGGCUCUGAAGGGGCCCCACAGACAGGCGCUUUGAUGAGGACAUAGGGCACGCGUUCUGCAGCCGUCAGCCCGACGAGGUCAUAGGUAAAAUCGCAUCCACGUCAAUCCUUUGAGAGCCUCCGGGCUGCCUUCUAGCUACCAGACCAAAGUCAUUGAUAGAGUAGGCAUUUUCCACUCUGGAAAUCGAAGCAUGGAAGUUAAUGCAUGUCCUCGCCAGAAUUCGUUCUUGCUUCGUCCGUUAUCCUGUUCGCAUCACCCUUCAAGCCCCCUCCUCCUUCUUAGGCACUUGCUCAUGAAGCCGCGCCAUCGCCUCCUUCACGGGACUAGCAUCCAUCCAAUUCUCAAUACUUUCAACCCACA